UCUGACUCUGUGCCCAUCGCCCCCGCCUUGCCAGCAGAUGGUGCCGGUCAAAAGGCGCAUUGUGCAUUGUGGCUGGGGCUGGGGCCGAGCCGCGGUGCCGGCCGGGCAGUGAGCAGCGCGCUCACCCCUGCCAGCGCAGCAGCAGCCUGCCGGCUCGGGACUGGCGGUGUUGCUGGACACAUGGGCUGCUGCUUGGGGACCCCCUGGCACCAGGACCUGUCCCUGGGGUGCACAGGUGAAGAGUGUGACUCCUGCUGCCCCCACUCGCCUGUGCUUCUGCCCAGCUGGGACCGCCUGCAGCACACCGCAGCCGAGUGCCGGGGAAAAUGGUGGCGGGAGAAGACCAUGGCAUCAGGUAAGGCUGUGGCAUCGGAGCCAAGCAACCCCGCUACCAAGGCAGCAGAAGGCUCGCUGGACACCUCCUUGGUGCUGCUGGCUGUCAGGGAGGGCUUUCCACCAGAGAUUUCGCUCUUCUUCUCUGUUGAGAGCCGCUCCUCCCGGUGCCUCAAUUCCCAGCUCCAGGAAGCAGCCAGAAAGAAGCUGUGGGCCCUGGAAAGUGAUGACAGAGAUGUCUGUGCGCUGUUCAAGGAACUGUCAGCCAGGCUGGUCUGUAUGCAAGCACAGGAGGAUCGGUUCCUCCUCACCUUCAAAACCCUAGAAGAAGUCUGGAAGUUUUCCACAUAUCUGACUUUAGGGUAUGUGGGCAGCUGCCUGGAGCAGCUUCUCUUUGACCAGGAGUACUGGCUAAACUGUGCUCUGAUGGAGGACACAGAGAUCAGAGUUACUGUGGAUGAAGAUCGCUUGGCCACCAUAUAUAUGGGUCUGCUACUCCAGGAAGGUAACUUUUUUUCCAGAGCAGUUCCUGGUGUCUGGCAGCCGGAACAGGAGGGAGAGGAAGGCCUGCAGCUCUGCAAGAAUGAGCUGAUCCAUGUGAAGAAUGUUGGAGAGGAGUCCAAGUGGGAAGGGAUGUCCUUACUGACGGGUCAACGAGGCCUGGUGCCUGUGACAGCUCUAGAGCCAAUACCUCAGCCAUUUUACCAGUGGUUCCUGAAGAAUUAUGCUGUGAGUUUUGGCAUCUCCCAGGAGAUCAGUGGGGCGACCUCUCAGCCAAUUGUCAAAGGCAGGUGCACAGCCACAGAGGACCACAGAGGAGCAGCGUGGGAUGAACUGAGUUUCUCCAAAGGAGACAGCAUAGAAGUCAUCGGCUUCUUCAUUCCAGGACUCCCGUGGUUUGUGGGCAAAUCUGUCAGCAGUGGGAGCAUCGGCUUUGUCCCAACCCGAUACAUAAGUCCUGAGGCUUGUGAACCUCUGGGAAAGGGCUUGGUGUUUCUCAGCGAAGAAGAAAAAUCCCCCCUCCUGUGCAUCGCCUGCAAUGGUGGCGAGCAGCACUUCACCGCCCUCCUUGGUGACCUGGCACGCACUGACAUCACCUCUGUGUACCGGCUGGAUGGUUUUGAACCUACAGCCAUGUUCCCGAAAGUGCCAUCAGAGGCCGUUCUCCGUGGCUGUAAAGAUAUCCAGCUGCUCCAGUCUUGGGAGGAAAUAAAUGACUUGGCUACGACCAGCACCUCCGAGCUGUCUAGCCCAGGGAGUGAAUCAGCCCCUGCUACGUUGGAAGAUGUUCUCCUGGAGAAGCUGGAUGAUUUUGAUGAUCCCAAGUUCUUUAUUGACCUGAAUGCUAGACACAUGGAAGAUGCUGAUGUCUUUGACCCCAUAUUGACCUUCCUUAACCAAGACAGUUAUGUGCCCAGUUUUCAAAGCCUCUAUGAUCUCAGUUUUUCCUUUCUCAACUCCACUUUUUAUGGUUUCUCUGAUGAGGAUGAACUGGUCUUGUACCUUGAGACUUCCAGGAACUGGGCCAAGAGGACUCAUUCCGUUUGGGCUCAUGUCAGGCUCUGUUUCCUCUUGGGUAAGCUCUGCAUCAAAAAGGUCAAGUUCUCCCAGGCUCGAGUCUACUUUGAGGAAGCCAUGAGCAUCCUGGACAGGGGUUUUGGGGACCUGCCCCUGUUGGCUGCAUUGCAUGUGAACCUUGCCUCCAUCUACUUGAAACAGAACAUGAAGCACAAGUUCUCCUCCCUGCUGGGAAAAACAGUGGCCUUGCUUGUCUGUUUGCCUGGCCGCUCUUUCAGCUCUGAGAAUGAGCUGGAAGUCAUGAUGUACGUCCUGAGGGAAGCCAUUGCUGUGGGUAAUGCUCCCUUGGAGGCACGGGUCUGCUUCCUUAUUGUCAAGCUCUUGCUACAACUGGGCAAAAACGAUGAAGUGCUGCCCUUUACUGAGCAUCUUCAAUGUCUCACCACCACUUUACUCUGCUCAGACACUAGUUCUGUGCCACUGGAUGCCACCCCCAUCUUGAGCUACCUGUAUGACAAGAAGUACUUGCCAAAUAUCGCACUGGCCUCCGCCAGGUUGUUUGUUCCCAGUGGCGUCAAGGGGGCACCAACACCCAUUUGGAGAGCUGGCUUCAUCCUCCAAAAUACUUCCAAACUCCUGGGAAGCCAGCUGGAGAGGAACAGCAUCCCAGCACUGGCUUGUUUCUAUCUCAAGCAAGCACUGCAUUUCUCCUGUGAGAGCAGAGCUGUGCCCAUCCAGAGGACGCUGUGUGCCAUCUUGUCCAGGAUGUACCUCCAGCAUGGUGUGUUGGACGGGGCAGUUUGUUAUGCAGCCACGGCCGUAACCCUCAGCAGACUGAUGGGUGAGGAGGAGGCUUUCGAGUCUUCCCUCUCUUUGGGGUGGAUGUAUCUCCUGCACAGCCAGCCGGGCCCAGCUGCAGAUAUCAUGUGGCAGCUCUUGUGCUCACUGCACGGGACGGACAGCGUGACUCAGGGUGGAGCUGUGCACAAUCUCCUGGCCAUUGCCCUCAAAGGAGAAGGGCAGGUGCAAAAGGCUGCAGAGAACUACCUCCGGGCCCUGCACAAAGCCAAGGAGACUGGGAACAAGAGGAACCAGGCUAUCGCCCUGGCUAACCUGGGGCAGCUGAGCCUCUCACGUGGGGCGAGCCAGCUGUCUGAGCUCUACCUGCUCCAGUCAGCUCAGCUCUACGCUGAGCUCCAGGGCAGUGAAGACCUGGAGAUGGAGUUGGUGCGGGUGCUGCUGUGGCUUGCGCAGGCCAUGGUGAACAGGCAGAGUAUGGAAGAUGGCAAACUCUGUUACGAACUGGCGUUGGUUUUUGCCCUGAAGUGGCGUAACGUGAGGAGUCAGCUCCACAUCACCGAGUCUCUCUGCCAUUUCUACAGCAAAGUGUCCCCCAAUCUCCAGGCCUGCAUUACCUACCAUGAGCACUGGGUAUCUUUGGCACAACAGCUGCAGGACAGAGAGCUGGAAGGCAAUGUCCGGCAGACCCUCAGUCAGCUCUACCAGGCUUUGGGCACAUCUGAGGCUUUGAGACAGUCCCUGGACUGCACCAAACAGAGUCUAAGGAUCUUCAUUGACCUUGAGGAGACUGUGAAAGCAGCAGAGGCCUGGCUGCAGGCAGGAAGGCUCUACUAUCUUAUGCAGGAAGAUGAGCUGGUGGAAAUGUACUUUCAGGCAGCCAUUCAGACUGCUCUGAAAUGGGAGAACUUCUCCUUGGCCAUGGAUCUUUACGAAAAAGCAGGUGAUACCUUUUUUAAUGGCAGCCGAAACAGAGAUCGAGCGGUGGAGUUUUAUAGGGGAGGUGCUGUGCCCUUGGCCAGGAAACUAAAGGCCAUUAAGACAGAGCUACGGCUGUUCAAUAAGCUGGCAGAGCUGCAGAUCGGGCUGCAGGGCUACGAGAAGGCGCUGGAGUUUGCCACGUUGGCAGCCAGGCUGAGCAUCAGGGUUGGAGAUCAAUUGCAAGAGCUAGUUGCAUUCCACCGCCUGGCUACAGUCUACUAUUUUCUGCAUAUGUAUGAGAUGGCAGAAGAUUGCUACCUGAAGACGCUUGCCUUGCGUCCUCCCUUGCUGCAGUGCUCUGGAGAGGCCCUGUACUACUGCAAGGUGUAUUGCCACCUUGGCAACCUGACCCUGCACAAACUGAAGGAUGAACAGGAUGCAGCAGCCUACUUCCUCCUGGCCCUCGCCGCAGCGACCGAGCUGGGAGACCAGGAGCUGCAAGGCCUCAUUCGCGCCAAGCUGGGUGACAUCCCCAGUGCCCCGUGGGGGCCCGAGGGCACACCAAGCUGUGCCACAUACUGGCCCAGGUGGCUGAGCGAAGGCGGCCACGUCGUCUGA